AUGGCAGCUGCAAACCCAGUGCCCUUGGUUGCCUUUUUACCACCAACCAAACAGAGCAAAGAAGCAAAGAAUGUCAAAAACAGUGAAGCAAAUGUGAAUGCCAUGAUUCUAGUUUGGAAUGAUGAAUCUUUGGUAUCGUAA